AUGAAGGAUACAUUCCAUGAUGAGCCAGACACGGAGAAGGGGGACUUCAACCACGAGGAACUCAUCGCCACUUUCAGCCCAGCCGAGCAAAAGAAACUCAUUCGAAGAAUUGACAUGCGGCUCGUCAUCACCCUCGGUUUCCUUUACUGUGUCAGUCUCCUUGACAGGACCAAUCUCGGAGCUGCAUCUGUUGCUGGAAUGCAAGGAGACCUGAAGAUGGACGCAACAAACAACGGAUACAGCAUCACAUCACUAGUAUUCUUUAUCACGUAUACAAUCUUCCAAAUCCCAGCCACCGUGAUCAUCCGCAAAAUUGGACCCCGGCUCUUCCUCUCGGGUAUUGUACUUUUCUGGGGAGCGGUCAUGCUCGCAUUCGGUUUCGUUCCGAAUUGGGAGACAAUGGCUGGCCUACGUAUCAUUCUUGGUGCCUUGGAAGCAGGUCUAUACCCCGGUAGUGUCUAUCUCCUCAGUACAUGGUACCCGCGCUACGAGCUCCAAAAACGCAAUGCAACAUUCUAUCUCAUCGGAAGCAUGGCGUCUGGAUUUGGUGGCAUUCUGGCAUAUGGACUAAUGCAAAUGGAUGGGCUGGCUGGUAAAGCUGGAUGGCGAUGGAUUUUCAUAAUUGAAGGUCUCCUCACCUGUGUACUGGGAGUUGGCUCUUACAUCCUGCUUGUCGACUUUCCUGAACAAUCACCCAAAUCCUGGAAAUUCCUGAACGAGUCGGAAGCAUCAUUUGUGAUUGCAAAGAUUCAAGCUGAUCGAGCAGAUGCUUCGGUGGAGCCCUUUUCAAUGGGUAGAUAUCUUGCCAAUUGCAAAGAUAGCAAGGUCUGGGCUUAUGCUGCUUUGUACAUGCUCACGACAACAAAUAGCUACUCGAUUGCCUACUUCCUGCCUAUCAUUUUGGAAAAGAGCAUGGGUUUCUCCGUUGCAAAGGCCCAGUGUCUUGUGGCACCGCCGUACGUGGCUGCUGCAAUUGUGAUGUUUGUCCAGGCUGUUUACUCGGACAAAUGGCGCCUCCGCGGCCCAAUCAUCGCUGGCAAUGCUUUGAUGGGACUUCUCGGUCUUGGGCUUCUGGGGUACCUGGAUGCUGCGGCGCCGAGGUAUUUUGGGGUGUUCUUGGCCACUAUUGCCGGCAAGUCCUGUCACAAUUGA